GCUCCUUUGCAUUGUUGGUUUUAACGAUUUUUUUGUGAAGCCGAGCUUGGUAAUUUGGGCGCUCGAUUGUAAAACAAAUCCCCGUUUGAAUCUUUUAGUGAAACGAUAGUAGUCCAACGGUCGAUGUUUUAAGUGAGUUAGGUUAAGUUCAAAUGUAAUGCUGGCAGAAAUAUCAAAAAUACUUGAUGGAUAGUCAGGAAGAUACCCCAAGAAGGAAGGCUCGCAGAGAGCGACCGUUGCUUUUACCGUGUUUUUAUUUUAUUGAGAUUCCGAUAUUCGGGAUUGCAGCGGUGCUUGCUUAUCUUCUACAUUUUACCAGUGUAUUCACAACAUAUGCAGUAACUUUUAGCCCGACUGAUGUUACGUUGAAACGUCCAUUUACACCCGCAGAGAAUAGAAGCAUAUCAAAUAUUGCUGUUUUUAUCUGCACCUCGACAGUACCUUGUGCAUUAAUUGCGAUUGUUGAAUCAAUUCUUCUUAUUUUGUCGAUAUGUUGUAAAUCUAACGGAGGUCCUCCUAUUGGAUCAACUGGUUGCUACAUCAGUGCUUCGCUAAGACGUGUCGUACGAUUCAUAGGUGUUUAUUUUUUUGGAUUCUUGCUGACAUCAACGCUGUGUGACAUCCUGAGGAAAAAAACUUCUCUACUUGCUCCGAAUUUUUUGUCCGUGUGUGAAAUUAGCAAAGUUGGUAGUGGGUCUGGUAAAAGAAUAGGGACUGCUAUAUUACACGACGCCCCGGAAAACUCAAGCAACCCCGAUCCACUUUAUGACCGUGUCAGAUACUACAGUGAUGAUUGUUUGCCUUUGGAGCAUCCAAACGAAGUCGCAGACGCAAGACUCCAGUUGCCAUCAUAUUUUGUGUGCUUGACUACUUAUGCUGCAGUGUUUACAUUCCUUUACUUCCGACUGAUUGCAGCUAAAGCCGGUCCUGUAACAACGAGCAUUGUUACUUGGGUCGCCGUUGCUGUCGCGUACACACUAGGACUCGUUGAAAUUGCAGAAAACAGAAGUCAUGUGACGUCUGUCAUGGCUGCGUGGACUUUGGGAACCAUAGUUGCGUAUCUAGUAUCCCACGAGAUAUUUUCACUCAAGUCUGCGUCGGAAUGCAUAUGUAAUAUAACUUGUUGCAAAAAGAAAGAGAACAAAGUUAUAGAAGAACCAAACAACGUAUUUGAGGAUCCUGCGACUCCAAAAUUCUCUCUGAGAAAAUAUGAUGUGGCGAACGAAGAAGACGAAAACAAUUUAGUUACCGUUAGCAACCGAGAUGACGACAAUGAUAAUAUUCGUCCAGUAUCUCAGAUGAGCAGUCAUUUAGCAAUGACCGCGCAUUCUCCAGCAACUGUCAGUAAAUAUUCGAAAUCAACUACUGAACAACCUCCAAGAAUAGAAGAAACGCCUCCAAUAUCUCUUCCUAAAGCUAACUCAGCAGAAAGAAGUGUCAUAAAAGAAUUGCAAAAUUACAUGACAGAAACGGAUUUUAGAGGCGGACUGGAGUCACCAAGGCCAACACAAAUCAGAGAGCUUUCCAGGGGAGGAGUAGCAGCAGCAGGGGGAAUAAACAGGAAACAAGUUUUCUCUACUUUUCAGGCAUAUCCAGAUAUUGAGAUACGAAAUGAAAUAGUGAAAGUACCUAAUUCUCAAAAUAUACCGGAAGACCUCCAUGCAGCUGGGAGUGUAGCUGAAACAUCCGGAUUCGGAUUACCAGCAAACUUUCAAAAAUCUGCGUCAUGUGAGAUUCGUCCGUUUUCUUACCAUGCGCAAUCUUCACCUGCCAGUUCUAAUGGAUCAAUAGUUGCAGGAAAAUUAUACCCUCCUACCGUAAGCGAGGGAAGACCAUUAAGUUACAGUUAUCUUCCACGUAGUAAACGGAACUCUUUGAACGAGAAUUCAGGUGUUCCUCGUAACAACAUGACGACACCCAAUUCGUUUCAUCCUGAUGACCCUGCACUGCAACGACCAGUAUAUUUUAUGAGUGACGAUAACUCCGACACAUUCUCAUCCGGAUCAUCAGACACGAGUCCACUUGUCAGUCGAGAGUUGCCUUUGCUGCCAUCUGACGACACUGAUGAAAAAGAUGUGAUAAACGAAACUUCAAAUUUAUUAAGAGAAGUAUUUGACGUCAUGAACGAUCGACACGAUGGUGAAAGCUCGGAAAAAGGUUCUGAAAUUGAAGAUCGAGACUCAGAUGAAACCAUAGUUGGUUCUAAUGAAGACCAGCCUUCUAUUGUGGUAUGAAGCAAGAACCAGAUGAAAAGUUUUCCUGUUGUAUUCCAAAAGAUAUAUUUCAAAGCUGUUUUGAUCUACCACGUACUUACAAUAAACAGCGUUAAAAAAAAUAGGCGUAUUUAACUUGCGAGUGGGUAAUCACAGAACUUCAACAUUACUUCGACAUACAUGCAAAAAAAAUUUUCUCUCAAAAAACUUUAUUAUGGUGUUCUGGGUAAGAAUCAUUAACUUAUUAGACAUCUUUUCUCAUUUAUGCAGAUGCACAUAUAGUGACGAAUAAAGUAACAUGCUUACUGUUUAUGGUGCAGUGUAUUUGUGUAAUAAUUUCUAUAAGAUACUUGCCGAAGGACUAUAAAUAUAUGUAAAAUUCGCAGAAUCUCAAUUUGAAAAACAAUACAAUGUGUCAAAUUGAACAUGGAUAAUUUUUAAUCGUAUAGUUUAUAAAAAAUUGGGAAGGAAUUCUUGUUCAUUUAUCGUAUUCUUCUUGCAUGCGAGAGUUAAAACAUUGUUACUCCAAAUCAACUUGGCUUCUAAUUUUGUAUUAAUAUAUUAUUCGUUUAAUCAAUCUUGAUGUGUUAUGUAGAUUUGUACUGCUAUUUCCAUUUUAAAAUAUUUGCUAUAUUGCUGUUAUUACAAUAACUCGAAUAAAAUUUUGUGUUGUUUUUGUGAGAA